AUGACAGAUAAUACAACUCUAGCCGAUGAGGAAGUUACCAGAAUAUUAGGAGGCAUAUAUCUCGGCGGAAUUCGUCCCAUUAUUGACCACAAACCAUUAGGUGCAGAAUUAAAUAUCACUCAUAUUCUUUCCGUUAUCAAGUUCCAAGUUAUUCCCGAGUAUCUAAUAAGGAAGGGUUACACGCUAAAAAACAUUCCCAUUGAUGAUGAUGAUGUGACAGAUGUACUGCAAUAUUUCGACGAAACUAACCGAUUCAUUGAUCAGUGUUUGUUCCCAAAUGAAGUUGAGUACUCGCCCAGAUUGGUAAAUUAUAAGAAGAAACCACAACGUGGUGCUGUUUUCAUUCAUUGUCAAGCAGGGAUUUCGAGAUCUGUAACUUUCGUAGUGGCCUACUUAAUGUACCGCUAUGGAUUAACACUAUCAAUGGCCAUGCAUGCUGUUAAGAGGAAGAAAGCGAAUGUUGAACCAAAUGAAAAUUUCAUGGAACAAUUAAAUCUCUUUGAGAAAAUGGGUGGGGAUUUUGUUAACUUUGACAACCCUGCCUAUAAGCAAUGGAAGCUAAAGCAAUCCAUCAAGUUAGAUCCAUCAGGUAGUGAAUUGGUUUCCAAUGCUGGUAUGUUUAAGGAUUCAGAAUCGUCGCAGGAUCUGGAUAAACUAACUGAAGCUGAGAAAAGCAAGGUUACCGCAGUGAGAUGUAAGAAGUGCAGAACCAAACUGGCGUUAUCCACAUCAUUUAUUGCGCAUGACCCGCCUAGUAAGGAAUCAUCAGAGGGACAUUUUAUCAAAAGAGCUGCCAAUUCUCAUCGUAUUAUCGAUAUUCAAGAAUCACAAGCGAAUUGUUCGCAUUUUUUUAUCGAACCUUUAAAAUGGAUGCAACCUGAACUGCAAGGCAAACAAGAGCUAGAAGGCAAGUUUUCAUGCCCAGGCUGCUCUAGUAAAGUCGGUGGGUAUAAUUGGAAGGGAUCUAGAUGCAGUUGCGGUAAGUGGGUUAUUCCCGCUAUUCACUUGCAAACAAGUAAGGUAGACCAGUUUCCUUUACAAUCCACCACUCUACCCAACAUGGUUAAUUUCGAAUCAGAAAAAAUAAAUAAAUAA